AUGCUCUUUUGCGGAGUUGAAGGGUGCGCGCCAGCUUAGAAUAAGUUUGUCGUACAUCUUGGCGUUAAGUCGGUUACUUUCUCUGAAGCGAGUCUCCUUAGUUAGCACUUACGGCUGCCUUACAUGCCUGUUCAUGAAUUUUAGAUGUGCUAUGUAUAGGUUUCGAGGUUAUGCGUCAUUAAUUAUGUCAAAUUAGUUAAUCAUGAUUUCCUAAUUACUUCGAAGUAGUUCGGAGAUCGCAUCGGCGAUUUACUAAUACUGCCUUACUCGUACACGACGUAAUUUAAGACCUAGUGGUGUAAUUUAAAUAAAUUCUCACAUCAGAUUUUGUGCGGUUGUGACCUGUGGUUGACUAGAGAAUUGGCCUUAUGUUUGUAGGGGACUUUCACUCCGUUUCCACACGCUUACCUACUUCAAUAAUGCCCGCCACAUCUGUCCUUAGCUCCUUGUAACCACCGACUUGUAGCUGUCAAGGCACUGUGCUGUUCAAGAUGGUAUAAAACGCACCGACCAUGUGUUUUACAUUUUUAAGGUCAUAAUCCCAAAGAUAUACAAAUCUUGGAUUGCAUGUAUUAAAUCUAAAAUUCGGCAUGUUCAUGAGACCUCUUUAGGUAACUCUUUAAAUGAGGGGAUGGAGCCCCUGGACAAAAUUUCAUGCGAUACUGCUUUAUAAUGGCUAGGAGGAGACGACCAUAUUUUGCGGAUAUUUUCCGAACAUCUUUGAUGAGCAAUUUUUAUUCCUCACCCCUUAGAUAUAUCUAAGGAAUCUUGCAAUAUUAUAAUGCUGCUAUAUAUAUAUAUAUAUAUAUAUAUAUAUAUAUAGCAACAUUAUAAUAUUGUAAGAUUCCUGGAGUCGUAAUGAAAUUCGCCCGAAUAAUGACCUCUCUUUCCUUUCCUAGUCGUUGAGAUCUUGAGUUAAAGUCAGGAUUUUUUCGUUACGUCCUAUUUUCGAGAUUUUAUUUACUUAUCUGUCUAGAUAUUCUACUCGAGCCACUUUCUAUGCACAAUCCUUUCUCAUUGAAAUUCUGUUAAUGCGAUUUCAAUUAUUUUGGUCAUCCAGGGUAGCCUUACUAGGAUAAAACAGUCUUUAGACGGAAAAUCGCUUAGCAAUUUUGCAAACUGCAUGUGUAUUGUAGUUUAAUCAGUCACGCAAUCGUUAAUUAUGACUUCAUAUUCAGUGCUGUGUUCUGUGAUCACCCUGGAUGUCUAUGCUGCAUUUUAGAGGAUCUUCAUCAACCGAGGUUGUUAUCGUAUCCUCAACCGGUGAACUGCUUUCAAAGAUAGUGGGUCCUCAUGUGAACCAAUGGGUAGGAAUUUAUUUUCUCCCGAUGCUUCACAUUACUUUUACUAACUACGCGUUUGUUUUGUAGUGGGUUAAUGUUACACCCCUAGGCCAUUUGUAGCAGUCCUUAAAUCCAUUUUAACAUUUAAUUUUCUUUCCAAGAAGAUCGACAUAGUAGAAAUUUUCUAAUGUUUGUAAAUAUCCGCCUCAUCGAUGUAAACUUUCUUUAAUCGUUAGGGUCGACUUCACUUACAUCCUUAUCCUUUUGUGGUUGUUUGGGGCUUCUUUUGAUAUAUACACAUACAGCGCCUUUAUCCCUCGAUUUUGGUAAUAAAAAUAUCGACAAUGAAUUUUGUUAACACCAUUGUCGAAAAACAGGCAUAAACAGAUCUCCUCUGAUCGUUAAGCAUGACAAUUAGCUUAAAAUUUUAGUUCCUUUCAAGGGAUUGCGGAUUAUUGUCACCUUUAGUGUUAUCGUUUGACACCAGUUAAUGACAAAAUAAUUUGGGUCUCCAUCACGAAGGGCAUUUCAAUCUGGGAAGUUCAGCCCUUGACAUGUUUGGUCCUCAGUCUUUCAGACGAUUUUGCCGUUUAUAAUUUUAGUUUAUCACCUUCCUUUUCUUCUGACGACCUCGUUUAAACCCGUGGGUUUGAGCUGUCUUUCAGACCCUCAUGUCCAACCAUAUAGACCUUCAAGGGGAGGGGGCGAUGAUGUUUUCGGUUGGGACGACAGCCUGGAUAAAUAUUUUUCACCAGAAAACCUUGGUUGAUUAUCCUUUGUGUCAAACUAGUUUUUGUCUUACCCUGCCGUUCGCUCUUUUGUCUUCAGUUUCUCGGGUAUCCAGAAGCUGUCAAGAGAACAUUGGGUCUCAUUGAGCAGGCCCUGAAGGCGGCUAACCUUCCGACUGAUACAAGGCUGGAUGCGGUGGUAAGUCUACGUGAUUGAGGACGAUCAAAUACUCCAAAAAGCCAGUUUGUUCCCCGCCUACUCAAUUGCAUUUGUGUGACAAGCGUUCCUUUUUCGCUGGAUCUGUCUCGUUCGUAGAAGUUUGACCCACUUCCCUAAAAUGCAUAGUUUUCGUUAGUUAAGAACAAAGCCGAGCUUGAAAUAUUUGUUCUAAGUUGUUUGCGAUGCGGAAUUUCAUGAAAUCAAAACAGAACUGCUGGCAGGUAUUCUGAACGACCUGUUGUUAGAAUACUCACCAUUAAGUUACCGUUAGUUUGGGUGUGAGUGGGGUGUUUGACCGGCUCGCGCAGUCAGUUAGAGCCACGAAUUUGUCAGCUCCCUUGGUUUUCUAGGCUUACGAGUUGGUACUUUAUUUGUAGUUCGACAGCGUAAUUUGGUCUUCUAAUGAAAACAGUGUCAUCCCACGAAACCUUUUACUUUUCUAACGAGCACUUUUUGUCUGGCCGUAUAGCAUUUCGUUAAAAGGGGUCUGUAAGCCUUCCUGGUCCCACACAUACUGAUAAUUUGUAAGUUUUUGCGCGUUAGCAUAAUAGAAAAAUUCAUUUGUGAUUGAUCGAGUGCUUUGCAUGUUUUCGUGUAGCAGUCUUGUGUCUCCUCGUAUGCUCUGUUUUAUGAUAUUAGUAGUUGUAAAGGACACUUAGUAAUCCCGAAAUAUCUGAUGGCUCACUAAUUACUAUCUCUUUUUCAUUCAACCUGACGUAUUGUCUACUCGGUCUUCUGUCGCUGAUACCUUUUACAAGGCAACCGAAUUAAUUUACCCUUCGGGGCCAAUAAGUCCGGUCUACUCUGUUUUAAACACCGUUUUUAAGAGUUCUGACUUUGGAAUCCAAUGCCAACAAAAGACGACCUUUUACAAUAAGCAAUUUAGUUUUUGGAAUUACCGUAUGUAAUAGCGGAGUGUGAUACUACGUCAUUGAUAGAAGAACUGAUUACAAUUUCCUUUGGAGCAGACGCCUUAAUACUAAGUAAGCAUGUCACCCUCUAGGAAUUAAUGUGCAGUUAUCUUUCAUGCAUAUCAGUUUAUAUUCGCCUUCAUCAUUGUUGGCUGUUUUUAAAAAAAUUUAAUCGAUACGUUUUGUGUGUAGUUUCGCAUUGUUAUGGAAGCUGACACUAAAUUUUUUAUAAAUGCCUUCGUGGAUUAAUUUUUUGUUUUGUUCCUCCACUUCGGCAUUUUCAGGGCUUAGCUCUCAGUGGAGUAGACUCGGAAGAUAAUGCUCGCGACUUUGAAAAAAAUUUCAUGAAUUCCGGACAAACUCUUACCAAGCACGUCCUCGCUUGUAACGACACGUUUGGCACGCUCUAUGCCGCAACCGAUAAAGGUAAGUGCUUCUUACACCCAGUGAAUUUUAAACUAUGCGACACCCCAUUCCAUAUGCUUCUGAAAAGUAAAAUGUUGGCGUCCUAAGGCAUAGGGCUUUCUGCUUAUGUUCAAACACAGUACUUGAUGUUUGUUGUUUAAAAACUUACAACCUACCAUGGAGGGCCUACACUGAUACCCAGAAUCAGUUAGCCCUUCAGUCCCUCAAUUCUACCAGUUGGGUUGCGGGCUCACGGUCUGUAAGGCUGAGAUGGACAAUAUUGGAAGUCAAGUGAGGCUUGCUUAGGCCACCCCGCCGGAGGAGGUACAGACGCUCUACCUUGUCGUGAAGUGCCACUAGACGGUCACGUACUGACAAGCAAUUUAUGAUCGAGAAGUAUUACCGACAGUCGUUUUUACCCGCAAUUUUUCUCUAGGAACUUGGAUUUCUGUUCCAGCUACUCUGGCAUUUAACAUAUUUUGGUCGUUGUCGAUCUAGUUUGUCUUAUGUUGUAUGUUCGAGUCGUCGCCCGACGUUCGUAAAGAACUCUUGGUGGUUCGUCUUGCAAGUCUCCAUCAUUUUCGCAUUUCUUUUUGAACAGUAGUCAGCUCUCGUCGUUUUCUGCCAUCUCAUCAUGUUCUCCCUUUUCACAUAUGGCCGUACAGCGUUAAGUUUUCUGGAAGGUCGUUAAUUGAUCAAGUAACGGGACAUUUUCCUUUCGUUUAGGGACUCAACUGUAGUCAUCUCGGUCCUCCCUGCCUUUGCCGCUAGGCACCUUCCGACGAAGACUCCAGCUGGAGUCUGAUCAGUCAUAUCGUCCCUUCCUACAAUGGUUGAUACUCCCGAUCGAAACUGACAGAAUAACGGGCCCUUGGCCCAAAUGUAGAGCGUUCAAUUUAACAUCCAAUUACCAAAGAAUAUGGGUUCUGUUCAGAUUGGAAAAGUUUAGAGAUCCGGGAAGAUUAUUAGAAGAAGAAGAUUGGCUACCAUCUUAGGCCGAGGCAACACAAAAACAGAAUGCUAACUCUCGAAGCGUGGUUCUCCGAUGCCCACUCUAUCAACAGGCAUCUGGACCUUCCUGCAGCUUACAAAGUCUUACGUCAUCACAAUCGUAGAGCUCAGGACAAAACAACCACACCUGACUUAAGAAGGCAGCACGGAGAUAGCCCGACGCUGAGCUUACUCGGUGAGGAAGAACAAGAACCGCCAGACCGACCGCCCGACUAAAGUCCAAUCAGCUCCCCUCGACGGAGUGGUGACUCAUAAAGCGCACAGGCAAAAACGCCCGUCAAUCAUCUCCUGAGAGGCCGACGCAGCGGGAGGAGAGGAAAAAAAUCGAUCAGCAUGAGGCCGGCCAACACAACUUAACACUUUAAACUAAAUUUCUGAUCGAUUAGGUGCAGUUUACGCUUUGACAAUGAAGAGCCGACCCAGCUCUUUGAAACGUCAGCAGUUAAAUAAACCUGUUCCGGAGAGCCAAUUUUCUUCUUCUAAUAUGGGUACUACUCCCAGGUUGUCCAGAUCGGAGGUUGGGUGAUGAUGGCCAAUAAGCAGGAAAUGGCCGUUCCGGACUCCCUUUUUCUAUGUCGGCGUUCCCUGCUAACGUUAAUUUUACAAGGUCAUUAAGUGUGUGCUUGAACGUGGGAAUAAAUGCGAAUUCAAGUGGAUGUCUGUCUGCGUUGUCAGCAGAGCCGUAUCUUAGAUCAUCGAGAAGUUUCACUGAUUUUCUCUGAAGAUCUGGCAAAUUUAUCCUAAGAUAUUGUCUACUGAAGUGGCUGCGCUAAAGAGACGCGUCUCAUUUAAUUCCCAUAUUUUUGGUUAUCUAUUGCCUACCGAACCUCAAUUUCUCCGCUUUUUCAACAGUCUUUUCUUCAAGUAUUCCUCGCGGAUGUAAGGCAGAGGCGAGACUGUUGAAAAAUGAAUUGCCCUAACUUUCACAUAUAUUUUGUUUCAGCUGGUAUCGUGCUAAUUGCUGGCACGGGCUCCAUCUGUCGUUAUAUCCGAGAAGACCUUUCAUACGAACGCGUCGGCGGCUAUGGCUAUAUGCUCGGUGAUGAAUCCUCCGGUUAGUGACCUCAACGUUUUACUAGCUGGUGCCUUUCAAUCCUUUGCGGUGUGUUUCCUACGCACCAUAUUUCAGCACCCUCAAACAUUUUCGACUUUUUAUGAAUACUCCCCCCCCCCUGCAUACGUGCACAUAGACGUAAACCCUGGGAGCGCAUAGCAGAUACUGUUGCUGAAUCUUGCUAUGAACCUGCUCAUUCGCUCGCCGGUAACUUUGCGUUUUCUUUUCCUUCUCAGGUUAUUGGAUUACUCAUCGUUGCUUGAAACUCUUUGUGGAUGACGACGAAGGCCUUGUCAAGUGUCCGUACGACACUAAGAAAGUACGCAAAGCAGUAUUCGAACACUUUAAACUGAGGAACAACCUGGACCUUCUGGAACCCUUGUAUCACUUCAAGAAGAAUGAGUUCUCUUCUCUCUGUAAAACAUUCGCAGAACGUAUGUCAUUAUGCGUAUGGCUGCUUACUCUCUAUCCCUCAUAUCGUGAAAAACUACUUGUUGAACAGUCCCACAAAUUUAAAACGGUUACUAGUUUUUGUACAUCGGCGAACUUCUUGUGUGCUGAUAAAACUGUCACUGUUUAGUCUCUCGCGCGCUAAGUUCCAUUUAAUAGGCCUUUUCGAGCUGCAUCGAUCACAUUUAUGGCCAGAACACGUGCGUCCGUUGGUUGUGUCACGUCUUGGACGUACGCAAAGGGUAGGUAUUUACAGGCACGCCCUGCAUAAGCGAGCACGUAUUCCGACCGUCUUUGCUCACCCACGUGAACUUUGAAAUUGGGGUCGUUAAUUCUGCCUAUCUUGCCUCAAGACUAUGGAGCGCCUUUUUUGGCGGAGGGUUUUUUUUACCGUGAUGCCACUAGGUAUAAAACCUUAACAUGUCUUCCAUUUCACGACCUGAUUGCAUUUCACAUUACUAGUAAGAGUCGUCGGAUUGCUUAUUCUAGAGUCUGUUACUGUGUCCUUGACAUUUUUCGUCCGAUUGUGCCUCCUUUGCUUUCUUCCUAGUGGCCCGCGAUGGAGACGAGCUCUGUAAACACGUCUUCCAUGAAGCUGGAUACUACCUCGGUGCCCACGUGAUGGCAGUUCUCCAAAAGACGGACAAGGUGGGCCACUGAUCUCUCCGAUACGAAUGAGUGGUUUGUCCAAAUGCUUGGUUCAAGCCUAUCGGGUGAAGGCUGAGCUCUUCUUCUUCGGUUUAUUUAUUACUGCUGACUGUCGGUUACCUGCACGAAGAAAGCCGUGAUAACUCGGUGUCUUUGUAUGAAGGGGAGUUAGGCAUUCAACCAACGGCCUCCCGUCCCCGCCUGUUCCUGGCUGAACCCACUUGAGUGUGCCAAUCAUACGGAAAAGCAGUGCGGUUUAGGGACUGCUUAUUCGCGGCUUCAACUAUCUCAGUAGCCGCCACCGCUGUCGCCUCUGCAAAAUACAUUGCAAUUUAAGUCGGUCAGUAGGCCUAUGACCUUUGUACUGAUCUUGUGCUGCUGUCAGUAAAGGCACUGCUUAAGUCCUUCUGUUCCACACAGAGCACUCGAUCGAUAGGACCCUUCGUACUGUAUUUGUCUCUCUUUUGUGGUCUGGAUUUGCGAGGGGUGCUCUGCUCAAGACCAUGUACCCUGGAUGGCCACCUCAUUGUCUCCUCUGAUACGCGCGCAUCGUACUUCUACGCCGGAAAUCACACACUUCUCAGUCUUCACCUAGUUCAUAUGACCGAUCAAUCAAAUGCCUUUUAGCAGACCACUCUGGUCACUAGAGUGGCUUUCUAAAUUUCCUCUGGGUAGACAAUCGUCUAACCAGUGUAUACGUUAAAUGGUACAAUUUUCGUUCAAAUCUGAGCUCGCCGACAGACAGGUUUUCGCUAUUUUUCUUCGGCUGUGAUUUUUUCGGUUCUUCUUGCUGACAAACGUCAAACUUGAGAGGUGCAACCCAAUCGCACUUUAAAACAUGCUUUGUAAGGCCACUUUCGACUGCAGUCUAAUGCACUCUUUCACUUACGGGUAGUUAUUAAGUGGAAAUUUAGUGGCUAGUACAGGCCGUUCAAAUCAAACUGAGUAACCGAGAAGUGACCAUUUUUUCGGAGACCAAUAUCGCCUGGUUGCGGUGGCAAAUGUAACCUGUUCUCACGAAUGGAAGAGAAUAUGCAAUCGUGCCUUCGCCUUCUUGUAACUUAUUCUGCCCAACGACGUCCUUCGCAUGACUGCAUUUCUACUGUCUUUUUUAAGUCUUUGAUAAUUGAUGGUGCCGUUGAAAACAACAAGCGCCUGAUCGGGGUUCGCGACACCGUUCUCUGCAUCGCACACAAAAACGCACAAAGGAGACGCCAGAAACGUUACUGCCGCCAGUGCUGCUUUAGGACGGUUAAGAUAUACUGCAGGUCCUGGCAAAAGAAUAAAAAGCAGUGGAUUCAGUAGCAGCCUGAAAGUUCUGAAUUGACUGCUUAAAAUCGAUGCAUACGUUACAGAUAGGAAGCCAGAGCCAUCAGGAGUAAUAGACGUUAGUCCCUCUCGACAUCCAAGUGGUCUAGGACUGGCCGGCGAUGACGGCCACGUCCGAAACGAGCCUUUUGCAUGUUCGCCAACUGUCAUCUUUUCCAUUUUUCCCAUUUCGAUCACACCUGCUCUAUAAGCGGCGUCCUGGACUUCCUGGUGUCUUCCGCCCACAUUUAAUUUUUACUAGGUAUGGCGAUUGUGCAGGUGUACUGGACUGAUUUUGUUUCUUGAUUUUCUCCAGGCCGUAUUAGAAAAUCCGGAGGGUGUGAGCGUCACCUGCAGGGGCGCGGUCAUGAAAAGUUGGGAUCUCCUGGAGAAAGGUGAGUGAAAGGGUUCUCUGUUUCUACGCGCUUACUUCUGUCGUCGGGCGCCCUGCGCUUCCGAAAGCCACUUUGUCACAUGGUAAUUAGCAUCCCUAGCUGUGAGCUAAAGCUUCCUAAGACAUGUUUGCUGGUUGUGUUCAUUUAUUAAUCAGCUUCGAUUUUCCAACUAAUGGGGGUUCACCGCGUUUCCGCCUGAUUGCCUUUCUGAAAUGAUUGCUUGUUAACUGUUGUACCCUUUAUUCCCUCACACUUUUCCCUGAUCCGAUGCUCAAGGUAAUUGUAAUAUAUUUUUAGUGCCUGCCAAUCCCAAUGAUUUGAGGUGCGAUGUCUAGCCCAAUCUGCACCUGUCAUUUAAGACCGAUUCCGGGGACAACUUACAAAGUACGGUGUAUAAGCUAGUGCUCUGCCAGGCGCCGUCAUAGUCGGCAUUUUCUACGUGUUUACUGCCUCACCAAUCUUUUCUAAAAUUUUAAGCAGUUGUGUGUGUGAUAGGCUAACACCCCGAUAUGGUCUACUAGAAUACCAUUAGGUCAGCUGCCACGGCCAGAAGUUGCGAACCACAAAAGCCCUUGACUUUUCGUUCGAAUUCUCUACCUCCAGUCCAAUGGUUGUGAUGUUCGCUUAUGCUGCAACCGUAAUGCAUUUUGCCACUAGACCAACCGACAGGCGUUGGUCUUUGGCGGGCGGGCAAACACUGCUGCUUAUAUUCCCGCAAGUGCUCUUCGGAGCCAGUUAGCCUACAAUGCCUCCAAGGUGAUUACUGCUUUUUUCUAAAAGCACCUGGGAAGGUUUGUGGUUAUCUUUCUUCUGAGAGGACAGCUGAGGUAAACAAUCCAUCUCAGUAACGCCUGAGACGUGAAUGAGAACCCAGUUAGUGUCACCGGCUCCCGCGCUGAGGAAUGUUGACAGGGGUGGUAUUCGCCGGCCUGGCCGGAUCAGAGCGAAAAGCAGGCUAUCCGCGUCGCUUCGGAGUACUGGUAUGGGGUGAUAGCGUGAGCAGCCGCGGAGCGAGAAACACUACCAACGAAGACUAUGCAGAGACUGGUUUGAAUCUCACAUCUCCGGGGCCGGUGGUUUAGUCCUUGUAUGGCUUAUUAAGGCACAUAAGUCAUAACUGAUCUCUUCAGUCACCUUCCUCGGUGGCGCUCCUUGAUUCACGGCGAUCCCCCAGGCUAGUACCUUGGUAGGGUCUUCGAUAGGCGUGUACCUCUGCCCUUUUCUCUCUUUUGGAGCUGGUUAAAAUUACCAUGGUUACAUAUGGCCUCAGUCAGCGGGACCCUGACGCCCCUUAUCCACCAUUUCAUUUGUCGGCAGCUAACUUAGGUGGGUGAAAACUUCAAUAGCCGCGCGGAGUCCCGGUCUGAGGGACCCUGAUAUGCCCUGCCCAUCAUUUUAUUUCACAAGAAGUCGGUACAGUCCCCCCGCCCCCCGAUUAUAAGUGCUUGUUUUCGGUCAUCAUCGCGGUACGCCUCAGCCGAAGGUCUCACAUGCAAGUCUUGAACCUGCCAGCUGAUCAAAUGCAAGAAGUACUGUUGUAUCGUUGGCCCACGUCGUAUCGGAAAAUUACCAAUUAUGCAUUAAAGUACUUUAGGUGUAGUCCCUUCAAGGCACAGAGACCACGCCCUCAAUGUUGCCUACGCGUUCCAUGAACUAAUUCGACAAGCAAGAAGACUCCAGUAGGAUGUCUGACGAACGUCAAGUUGUCUUUGCAGUGUGUGCCUGCUUGGGGUGGAAGUGCAAUUAUAACUCUCAACUGCGAGUUCAACUCUCGCUUUUUGACUUUCUUGACUACACUCCUCUGCGCAAGACCUAUUCCGAAAUUGAACGCGGAACACCAUUACUCAAACUUGCACCUUUGAUGUCUUGUACGCCAGCGCGCAUGUGUUGUGGCAGUAACGAUGGUUACGCUCUGCACCGAUCCUAACUGACCAUGUGACACUUUCUUCUAGGUUUUGCGGAUCGGGUUAUGCCUGAUCUGAAGGCAGGCAAGCCAAUCCGCCGUCUCCGGCUCUUCAUGCUUAACUCUUCGGUCGCGGCCGGGGCCGCACUGCUGGCCGCUCAUGUCUGCCUGAAUCUCAACGUGCCUCGACACCCAGAGCAAUCACUUAUGGCUGAAUUUAAGGGAUGA